AUGCGGACGCCGCCUGGCGCUGCUUCGCUGCUGCUCUUGAUGCUCGCGGUCCGCCCCUGGCGGAGCAGAGGACUGGACUGCGGAAUUCGUACAGUUGAUUUGAAAAGUACGGAAACUACCUUGGAAUCGGGGUUCUUCUCUAGAAUUAGUAGCUGGGGAAAUUCAACAGUUGGUGGACACCCGUGGCAGGUCUCCCUGGAAUUAGGUAGGCACCACUUCUGUGGAGGAAGCUUGAUUCAAGAUGAUCUGGUGGUUACAGCAGCACACUGCCUGGCUAGCAUCGAUGAGAAGCAAAUUAAGCAUCUGACUGUGACUGCUGGGGAGUAUAACCUCUUUCAGAAGGAUAAGGAGGAACAGAAAAUUCCUGUCUCAGAAAUUAUUAUCCAUCCUAAAUACAACAGACUUGGAUAUAUGAGUUUUGAUAUUGCACUGCUAUAUCUAAAACACAAAGCCAACUUUGCAGUAGAAUAUUCAACUGUCCUGCAGGAAGUGGAACUUCCCAUCAUGGAUGACAGAACAUGUAAAACUAUGCUCAAGGGUAUGAACCUUCCUCCCCUGGGAAGGACCAUGUUGUGUGCCAGUUUUCCUGAUGGAGAAAAGGAUGCCUGCCAGGCGGACUCUGGAGGUCCACUUGUUUGUAGAAGAGAUGAUGGAAACUGGGUUCUUGCUGGGAUAACUUCCUGGGGAGCUGGUUGUGCUAGAGGUUGGAAUCGUUUCAGAAAUAACCAUAGAAGGGCAUCACCUGGCAUUUUUUCCAAGGUGUUUGAGUUAAUGGAUUUCAUCACUCAGACCAUGGCAGAUAGUAGACCUCAGGGAACAGUAUUAUUUGGAGAAAAUGGGAAGAUUCGUUAUCCCCAUUCGAAAGAGAGCAACUCUUCUCAUAAUCGCUUAUGUAUCUGGAAAAUAAUGGUACCAGAAAAUAAAAUUAUCCUAAUAAAAUUUACAAGCUUAUACAUAGAAAAUCAAGUUGAAUGUGACCAUGAUUAUGUAUCUUUACAAUCAAGCAGUGGAGUGCUUAUUAGUAAGGUCUGUGGAAAUAUAUUGCCCUCACCAUUGCUGACAGAGACCAGUGAUGCCACAGUUACCUUUGUUUCUGAUACAGACAACAGUGGCAACAGCUUUGAGCUUACCUUUACUGCUAUACUGAAGAACUCAGAAGCAGGUUCAGGAUGUGGGAGUGGGGCUGUGCCGAUGGUGAAAAGGAUGAUGCACUCUGCCCUGUAUCCUCACCUGUAUCCCAGGAAUGUAGGGUGUCGCUGGUUGAUUCAUGCUCCAGAGAAACACAUUAUAAAGUUGACAUUUGAAGACCUUAGUAUUGAAUUUAACCAAAACUGUUAUCAUGCUGUUGUGAUUUAUGGUGAUCCUGAAGAGGAACAUGGGUUGGCUAAGCUUUGUGAAAUCUUGAACCCUACUCGGGUAUUCAGUCCUGGUAAUAUGAUGAUGAUUCAUUUAAAAAGUGAUGGUGAAAAGAAUUUCCAACACUUCAAGGCUAAAUUCAGCUCUUUACCCUCAGACUCUUUAAACAAAAUUGGAUCAACAUCAUCUUCCAAAACCAAUGCUGUAUCUUCUACAAAAGAUAUUCCAUAUGGUGUCUGUGGCAUCCCUCUAUUUAGUCCCCAGUGGCUUUCCAGGAGAAUUGCAGGAGGGGAAGAAGCCUGCCCCCACUGCUGGCCAUGGCAGGUGGGUUUGAGGUUUCUAGGCCAUCACCAGUGUGGAGGUGCCAUCAUCAGCUCUAUUUGGAUUCUGACUGCAGCCCAUUGUGUGCAAUCGAAAAAUAAUCCACUCUUGUGGACCAUUGUUGCUGGAGACCAUGACAGAACCUUGAAGGAACCAACUGAGCAGGUGAGAAGGGCAAAACACAUUGUGGUGCACGAAGACUUUGACAGACUGACCUUUGACUCUGACAUCGCCCUAAUACAGCUGAGCUCUGCUCUGGAGUUCAACUCAGUGGUGAGGCCAGUGUGUCUCCCGCACAGCACGGAGCCUCUGUUUUCCUCUGAGAUCUGUGUUGUGACUGGUUGGGGAAGUGUUAGUGAAGAUGGUGGCCUAGCGAGUCGCUUACAGCAGAUUCAAGUGCUCGUGUUAGAAAGAGAGGUCUGCGAACGCACUUACUAUUCUGCCCAUCCAGGAGGGAUUACAGAGAAGAUGAUCUGUGCUGGCUUUGCAGCAUCUGGAGGGAAAGAUGUGGGUCAGGGAGAUUCUGGUGGGCCAUUAGUAUGUAAACAUGAAAAAGCUCCCUUUGUCCUCUAUGGCAUUGUCAGCUGGGGAGCCGGCUGUCCCCAGCCAAGAAAGCCAGGCGUAUUUGCCAGGGUGAGUGUCUUCUUGGACUGGAUUCAAUCCAGAAUCAAAGGUCCUGUUUUACUUCAGAUAGAUAAAGAAAGCAAAAUCUUAACAAGACAACAGUUGCCACCACCCACACCUUCAAGAGACAGUGCAUCUGGGCCAGGCUGUUACUCUGAAGUGGAGCUGGAAGAGCCCAGAGGCUUUUUUUCCUCUCCAAGAUAUCCACUGGAUUAUAGAGGAAAACUGGAAUGUUCUUGGGUGCUCAGAGUUUCACCAAGCAGUAUGGCAAAAUUCACGGUUGAGUAUCUGUCACUCCCUGGGUCUCAUGUGUGCCGCGAUUCAGUUCUGACUAUUUAUGAAGAAAACCACAAUGAGAGAAGGAUGUCAGGUGAAUUAUGUGGGAGAAGGCUUUACCCAAUGAUUUUCAUGAGCUCUGGACCACUGGUGAGGGUGACAUUUCAUUCCCGUGUGCAAGGUGCUUUUGGUAUAAAUUAUAUUGUCUUUAGAGUCCAAGGUCCAAAGGGCAGUAAAACUACCAAAUUUCUUCAGAGCUCAAACCAAGAGCAUGUGACCACUUGUGACGAAGUUAUUCUUACCAAACCAACAGGAAUCAUACAAAUCCCAAGAUAUUUUCACAGAACGACUAUGAGCUGCCACUGGAGAUUAUUAGCCCCUUCAAAUCACAUCAUUCGCCUUGAUAUUGUCAACUUCCAGAUGCAGCCAAUGCCCUUGGGCUGUCAGGGUCACCUGUGGGUUUAUGAAGGAUUUGGAUCAGGCAAAAAAUUAAUAGCUAAACUGAAACCAGCCUCUGUACCUCGAGACCACAUUAAAUCUUGGAGGCAGUUUUGGUCUGAUAAUGUGAGAAAUGUUGGAUGGAGAACACAAAGAAGAUUUGCAUCAAGUUCAAAUUAUAUAAGUGAAAGUAUACCAUAA